AGAUUGGUUUCCGGUGUAAUCAAGAUGGCGCUUCGGGAGCUGAGCUCGCUCGAGAGAUUUCUAGGAUUAAAAAAGCCAAAUAAAUACAGCACGCAGGGAGGCAAAAAGGUCCCUGUUCUCCAAAACAACAACGGACCGGCAUUGAUUGGUCUGGUCACUAUAGCAUCCCAUCUGGUCCAUGAGGCCAAGAGAGCUGAGCUGCUAGGAGACAGCGCUGAACAGAGAGCCGUGGUCCAGCAAUGGAUCGAACACAGAAUAACACGACUAGACAACUGUUCUAAAGAAGAGGUCAAAGUUAUAUUGAAGGAACUUAACCAAUACCUGGAGGAUAAAGUUUACCUGGCUGGGAACAUCUUCACCCUGGCAGACAUCCUCAUGUAUUACGGCAUUCACCACAUUGUUGUGGAAUUGUCUAUACUGGAGAAAGAGCAUUAUCUGAAUGUCACCAGGUGGUUUGAUCACAUCCAGCACUAUCCAGGCAUACGACACCAUUUGCCUCCUGUGGUGGUUCUGAGGAACAGAGUUUACCCGAGUGGUCACCACUGAAAGUUUUGAUAACUGGGAUGUCAAAUAAGCAAGACCUUAAGGUCACCGUAUCAAAGCUCAACUAACACACAGAGCUGUCCCUUUGCGUUUUACUCCACAAUCCCGACGAUAACCCAAACAGCCAGGACAAGUAAAGCUGGUCUUUUUUGUUUUGUGUUUUUUGCAAGCUGGUUCAUGGCCACUAGUCAUGUUUUUUUAUAUG